AUGGCGUCGGUCGGCGCGCCACUGCCAUUUCAAGAUGCCAAGGCAACAGCUUCGACGGUGUUGUCGCAGGUCUUCCACCGUCGCCCACGUACACAAAGAACCAAGGCAAUUGCGCUAUCAGUGAUCGCAUUACUAUGCUUUCUUUUUAUGCUCCGCUCUUCUUCAAAGGUAAGCGCUGAUCGUUCCUUGCUCCACCACGUACAUACCGCGAUCGUCAACAGAGCUGACAAUCCAACCCAGCGAGCCAACCCUGACUUCUGGACCAAAUUUCCCUCUCGUCACCCUUUCCCCGAACGACCCGAAGAUGCCAGGGUCAUUUUACCUCCCCGAACCGAUAUCAAUGUCAACCAUACCCUCCCCCAUGAUCUGGACAAGCCGAACCCGCGCCUCCACGUCCUGAUCCCAGCCUCGCAGGGCUCACGCGGUGUCUGUCGAACAAUCACCUCCGCCAUGAUCCUGGGGUACCCGCCGCCGACAUUAAUUGGGUAUGGGGAAGACUCCCCCGGAGCGACUGAGGCCGAGCGCAUGGUGGAUCGGAUCACUCGCGCGCGCAAUUACCUCCGAGACAGCAAGACCGUGCAUGACCGGGACUUUGUGCUGAUGGUUGAUGGCUUGGAUACGUAUUUCCAGUUACCGCCGCAGGUUCUGGUGGAGCGGUUCCAGAGUAUCAUACGGGCGAACAACCGGAAACUACGCAAGAAAUUUGGGGUUGUGAAUGUCGAAGGGCAAAAGCCUGGCGCCCCGUUGGAGAGGAUCCAGAAGUACAGCCAGCGGGUUGUUUUUGGCGCAAGCAAGAUAUGUUUCCCUGGGUUGCUGGACGACCCUGGUUGCGCGAGUGUUCCCGAAUCAUCACUUCCCCCAGAUGUAUAUGGCUGGAAGACAGACAAUUAUCCGGAUGGCUCCUUUAAUCGACCCCGGUGGUUGAACCCGGGAGCGGUGAUUGGGCAAGCUGCUGAUUUGCGUUUGAUCUAUGAUGAGGUCUUGCGGCAAGUUGGACAGCGCUCGAAUAAGGCUGGAGACUACAAGGCUCUGACAGAGAUGUACGGGCGACAGGAGGUGAUUCGAGAACUGGAGCGACGGCGAACAGUCAGCGUAUUCAAAGACUGGAUCUACCAGAUGGUUGGCAUUUCCGAUGCCUCGAACAUCACCGGGAUUAGUCUCCGGCUAGAGACAGGCCAUCGCUAUGAGUACGGCAUUGGCGUCGACUUCGAGUCCCAGCUCUUCUUCAACCAAAUUAUGUCCCGCAAGGAUGUCGAGUGGGUGAAUUUCAGCAAUAUCACCAAGAUGUCCAUGCUGCAGAUGCAACACGGUGUCCCGCGCGAACACCGCCUAUUGCUGCCGCAGGACAUCGCAGCUCUCCCCAACCCAUUCAACCAGUCCCGGUUCGCGAAGGAGUCAACCCUGCGCCCAGUAUGGAACGCCACACUGGACAAGCUGCCCAAUCCAUACGAGCAUUCCUGGCACAACGUACCGCUUAUGACAAACCCGCACUCCGCCUCUGUGCCCGUGCUGGCCCAUUUAAACGGUGACGCCAAGCUUCGCAAUACCUGGUGGGAGAAUAUGUGGUUCUUUCCCUGGGGCCGCGCCCUUCUGCGGAAAUACGUGCGCGGCGCACACGGGUUCGAUACCGCACAGUCCUCGCUUCUGGGCGGGCAGGAUUGGCUGGAGGUGCGUGGGGGUCGUGGAGGGAUCUGGACUGAUAAGGAGAUUUGGGUCACCAUGCACGAGGUCUGCAAUGGCCAGGAAAGAGAUCUCUUUGAUGAUGGCCUUGGUCUUUGGGCGAAGGAAAACGACGACCCAGACGCUCCGGUGUAUAACCAGUAUGGCAGUCUCAUUGCCGGGAAGGAAGACCCUAAUGCAAAGGAGGACAACCUGUGGUUCUAG